UCCCCUCCCUCCCCUCUCCCCUCUCCCCCUCCUCCUCUGCCUCCGGGAGCGAGACGCCAAGAUGGAGCCUGAGGACCUGCCUUCGCCCCGCGAGCUCGAGGAGGAGGAGGAGGAGGAGGUGGAGAAGGAGGAAGAGGAGGAGGUCCCGGAGGAGAAGGAGGCCGAGGACGAGGACCAGGAGGCGGCGGCGGAGAGCUUAGACGAGGAUGAGGUGGUGAUGGUGGAGGACGUGGGGGAAGAGGAGCGGCGGGAACCGGACACGGACUUGAACUUCGAAAGCCAGGCGGAGGAGAGCUCGGACGACUACGAGGAAGACGAGGAGGCCAAGGCCUGGCUGCAGGCGCACCCCCGCGGGCCUUUGCCGCCGCCGUCGCUGCCGAAGCUCCGCUACUCGGAGGAGGUGGGCCUGCGGGGCGCGCAGAAGGUUGUUCCAUUGACCAGUCAUGUAUGGCAGCAGUCAUCACCUCAAGAAAAUAGUAGAACACAGACUAUUUUUUCUAAUAUGGUCUCUUUGGAAGAAACAGCUCAGAAGGGUUCUGGGGAUGAUCAGAGAACAGAAUCUUGGCAUUUUCUUCCGCAAGAAAUCGACUCUUCCUACACCUCGGAUACAUCUCAAACCAGGUUUAAUGUGAGAGAGGAAGGGACAGAUGCGGCAGACUUCCUCUCUGUGGAGGAAGGUAUAUUGACCCAAUCAGAAAAUCAAGUAAAGAAAUACAGAGAUCUCUUUUGUUCUCCAUCGCUAGUCAUACAAGACAACUUUACUUCUCCUGAUUUGCCUUUGCUGACAUGUUUGACACAAGACCAAGAGUUUGGGCCUGAUUCCAUAUUUCACCAAAGUGAACUAGAUUUUGCACCUCUGAGGGGAAUUCCUGAGAAGGAAGGAUCUUCAAACAUUAUUUACCCACUGGAAGUAGCAACUUCAGAUUCUUUGUUUUCGCAAGAUUUAAAGCAGCAAACCUUUGAAGAAGUUGCAGAUUCCUCAAACUAUAUUUUGGAGGGCCUGCAGGGGAAGGCUGAAUCUGACAUCUGUUCUGUGGGUGAUGAUAUUGAAUGCUGUAGCCUAGAUGAAAAUGCUGUUGUAUGCAGUGAAAGAUCUACCGAACUACAAAGAGAGAUAAGUGACCAAUGUGAUGUGACUGGGAAAUGCAUUGAGCUAGCAGGUUUAGGAAAUAUGCUUGAUGAUCUAGAAAUUUAUGAUGUCUCCCUGCCGUGGCAAUCUGACUUACAACUACCAUCGGAGGAAGAGCCUGACAUUAGUCAGUCUUUUUCAUCUGUAUUACCUCCAUUUGUUACUCAUGAGCCAAACAGAAAGUUGGAGUAUCACUCUUCAGAUCUCAGGAUGUUGAGGGUAUCUCCUGAGAUUGUGCCAAAGACUCAAAAACAUUCACCAGGAGAUAUUUCUAAAGGAGACAUAAGUGAAAUUACUCAAUCCAACUUGAAAACUGACAUCACUACCACUUCUGGAGACUCAGGCAUUGGAUCUCAUUUACCCUUAUCUUCUGAGGACUUUUCUCAAUUGGCUGUAAGGUCUUCUGUGGAGAAUACUAUUGGUAUACAUACUGAUAAUCUCAACCAACGGGUAUUGGCAAAUGGUCAUGUAACUGAAGAGACUCUACAAGCCUUAGCUGUUCCAAAACUAGCUGACCAGAAGGCUGAAAUUUCAACAGUACCCUUUAGUUCCUACUCACUAAGAGAGAAGCCAAAUAUUUUCUACCCACAGGCCUUGAGAGACAAUCAUCAAAUUGAAGAGGCUCUAAGAGAUUCAGGUGUUAUUGGAUCAGUUGGCCAGAAGAGUGAGAAAACAACAGUACCUUCUAGUUCCUCUACAGUUAGAGAGAAAAACCUAGUUUUUUCUCAGCCACUGGUAUCAGACAGUCUUCUAACUGAACAGGCUCUGAAAGGUUCAUUUGUUCCUGGGCCAGCUGGUCAAGCCACUGCGAUACCAACAGUAUCCUCUACUUUAUACUCACAUGGAGAGAAGCCCCAUGUUUUCUAUCAACAGACGUUUCCAGGAAGUCAUCUAACUGAGCAGGCUGUGAAAGUUUCUUUUGCUCCUGGAUCCACAGAACAGAAAACAGGCAUACCAAUAGUAUCCUCUACUUAUUCACAUAAAGAGAAGCCCGGUAUUUUUUACCAGCAAGAGUUGCCAGACAGUCAUCCAACUGAACAGUUUCAACAAGCUACAACUGUCUCUGGGUUUACUGACCAGAAGACUGGGAUACCAACAGGAACCUCAUCUUACUCACAUGGAGAGAAGCCCUAUAUUUUCUAUCAGCAGACAUUGCCAGAAAGUCAACUAACUGAACAGGCUCUGAAAGUUUCAGCUGCUUCUGGACUUGUUGACAAGAAGGGUGUCACACCUACAUUAACCUCUACUUCUUCCUCACAGAGAGAUAAGCCCAGUAUUAUCUAUCAACAGGAGCUGCCAGUUGGUCAUUUAACAAAAGAGGCUCCUUUAUCUAAAGAGGCUCAGAAAUUUUUCGCUGUUCCUGGACUAGCUCAGCAGAAGACUGGGAUACCAACAGCACCCCCUACUUCCUACUCACCUAAAGGCAAUACCAGUUUUUUCUAUCAGCAGAAGUUGCCAGACAGUCAUCUAACUGAACAGGCUCAGAGAAUUUCAUCUAUUCCUGGUCAAAUUGAUCAGAACACUGGGAUACAAACAGUACCAUCUAGUGCCUACUCACCUAGAGAGAAACCCACUAUUUUUUACCAACAGGCAUUACCAGAUAGUCAUCCGACUGAAAAGUCUCUGAAAGUUUCAUCUCCUAUACAAGGUGACCAGAAGACUGGUAUAUUAACAGUACCCUCUAGUUCCUACUCACAGAGAGAGAAGCCCAUUCUUUCUUAUCCACAGGCCUUACCAGGCACUCAUUUAUCUGAAGAGGCCCUGAAAGUUUCCCCCAUUUCUGGACCAGCUGACCAGAAUCCUGGGAUACGAACAUUAUCCUCUACUUCAUUUCCACAUAGAGAGAAGCAUAUUAUCAUCUCACCACAGGCCUUGCCAGAUAGUCACCUACUUGAAGAGGCUCUGAAGGUUUCAACUGUUACUGGACCAGCUAACCAGAAAACUGGGUUGCCAUCAGAACCUCCUACUUCCUACUCAAAUAGAGAAAAGCCUAUUGUUUUCUACCCACAGGGCUUGACAGAGAAUAAUUUUUUUGAAGAGGCUCUGAAAGUUUCAGCUGUUUCUGGACCAGCUGACCAGAAGACUGGGUUGCCAUUAGAACCUUCUAGUUUCUCCUUACCAGGAGAAGAGUCCAGUAUUUCCUACCAACAAGGGUUGCCAGAUAGUCAUCUUACUGAAAAGGCUCUGAAAGUCUCAGCUAUUCCUGGAACAGGUCAUCAGAAUCCUGUGAUACCAACAGUAUCUCCAAAUUCCUACUCACUUGGAGGGAAGCCCAUUAUUUUUUACCAACAGGCUUUACCAGAUAGACAUGUCACAGAAGAGGCUCUGAAUGUUUCUACUUCUGGACCAGCUGACCAGAAGACUGGGUUACCUGUAGAAUCCUCUACUUCCCACUCUCAUAGAGAAAAGCCCUUUCUUUUCUACCCACAGGCCUUGCCCGAUGGUCAGCUAACUGAAGAAACUCUGAAAGUUUCAGCUGUUUCUCUCCCAGGUUACCAGAAGACCGGAAUACCAGCAGUGACCUCUGCUUCCUACUCAAGUAAAGAAAAGCCCAUUGUUUUUUACCAACAGGCCUUGCCCAACAGUCCGCUAACUCUAGAGGCUCUGAAAGUUUCAGCUGUUCCUGAACCAGCUAACCAGAAUACCAGAAAGCCAACAGAAAUAUCUGCUUCUUACUCACAGAAAGAAAAGCCUGUUAUUUCUUACCAACAGGAAUUGUUAGGUAGUCAUCUAACUGAAGAGGCUCUGAAAGUUUCAGGUGUUCCUGGAUUAGCUGACCAGAAAACUGGGAUACCUACAGUAUCAUCAGUUUCCUAUUCAUAUGGAGAGAAGCCCAUCAUUUCUUACCAGCAAGAUCUUACUUUAGAGGCUUUAAAAGUUUUAGGGGUUUCUGGACCAGCUGAGCAGAAAACUGGGAUACCAAUAGUAACUUCUACUUUCUCACUUGGAGAGAAGCCUAUCGUUUCUUAUCAGCAAGAAUUGCCAAAUCAUAAUGAAGAUGCUUCAAAACUUUUAGCAAUUUCUGGAUCAGUUGACCAGAAGACUGGUAUACGAAUUGUGCCCUCUUCUUCCUACUUAUAUGGAGAAAGCCCCAUCAUUUCUUACCAGGAGUUUCCAGAUAUUACUGAAAAAACUUUGAAAGUUUCAGCUUUUCCUGGACCAACUGACCAGAAGACUGGGAUACGAAUAAUCCCCUCAGGUUCCUCCUCAUAUAGAGAGAAGGGCAAUAUUUUUUAUCAGCAGGAGUUGCCAGGUAUUACUGAGGAAGCUUUAAAAGUUUUUACUCUUCCUGAACCAGUUGACCAGAAGACUGAGAUACCAGAAGGAUCUUCAAGUUCUAAUUCACAUAAAGAGAAACCUAGGAUUUCAACUGUGAUUUUACCAGAUGACCAGAAAACUGAGCUUCCAACAGCUCACCUCAUUUCCUACGCACAGAUAGAGAAACCCAAGAAUUUAGCUGUGGUUGGACCAGAAGGCCGGCAGACUUCAUUACUGACAGUUUUUGGUGAUUCUUAUUCUGAGAAAGUAAAGCCCAGUAUUUUCUUUAAACAGCAUUUGCUAAAUAGACAACAUAGUGAAGAUAGUCAGAAGAUCUCAUCUGUUCCUGAAUCAACUGACGUGAAUUCUAGAGUACCAAUACAUCUUCCUAGUUCCGAUUCACACAGAGAAAACUCUAAUAUUGUCUAUCCUCAGGAAUUGUCAGACAAACAUCUAAAUGCUCCUCAUUUUUUUUCACACAGAGAAAAACAAAAUAAAUUCUAUGAACAGGAUUUGCCAGAUAGACAUCUGACUAAAGAUGCCCUGAAGUUCUCAAGUGGUCUUGGGCAAGCUGAUCAGAUUACUGGAUUAUCAGCAGUUUACCCUGGUACUUAUUCACAUAGUGAUAGGCACAAACUUGUUUCAGACCAUGUCCAAAGGCCUAUAGAUCAUUUGGAUUCUUCUAACUCUAGUAUUAUCUCAAACAAUAUGCCCUUAAAUUCUCAAGCUGAUGGUAGAGUUGUAAUAAAUAAGCCAGAACCUUCAGGCUUUGAAGAUACUGGCUCUGAGGAAUUCCAGGGUACAGAUAAUGGUUCUAAAACUCUUAAAGAGAUUCGGACACUUUUAAUGGAGGCAGAAAAUAUAGCACUGAAACGAUGCAAUUUUCCUGCUCCCCUUGUACCAUUCAGAGAUGUUAAUGACAUUUCAUGUAUUCAAUCUAAGAAGGUUGUUUGCUUCAAAGAACCCUCUAUAACUGAUGAACCUAAUAUUGAUUUGCCUCAGAGAAAACCAUUCAUAGAAGAAAAUCCAAACAAAUACCUACAGAAGAAUAUUAGUACACAGACAAAUCUGAAAUGCCAAGGAGGCAUUGAAAAUUGGGAGUUUGUUAGGUCAACUACAGUUAGAAAUCCUCUACAGGAAGCAGAAAUCAAAGCCAGAAUGUCAUUGGAUGAAACCCUUCGGCAAUAUAAAGCAGCCAGAUCUGUAAUGAGAUCUGAACCUGAAGGGUGCAGUGGAACCCUCGGGAAUAAAAUUCUUAUCCCUAUGAUGACUCUCAUAAAAAGCGAUUCAAGUAGUGAUGUAAGUUCCUGCUCGUGGGAAAGUAAUUCCUUUGAAUCCGUUUCUGAUGUUCUUCUAAACUUGUUUCCAUAUUCUUCACCGAAGACGAGCAUGACAGAUAGCAGAGAGGAAGAAUGUGUGUCAGAGAGUGAUGAAGGGCGUGGUAGUAGUGUGGAUUCACUGGCUGCACACGUGAAAAACCUUCUGAAAUGUGAAUCCUCAUUGAAUCAUGCUAAACAAAUUCUCAGAAAUGCAGAGGAAGAGGAAUCCCGGGUACGAGCACGAGCCUGGAAUCUGAAGUUUAAUAUGGCUCGUGAGUGUGACUACUCCAUUUCAGAAUUAAAUGAAGAUGACAGGAGAAAAGUAGAAGAGAUCAAAGCAAAGUUGUUUGGUCAUGAGAGAACUGACUUAUCCAAGGGUUUACGGAGUCCACGGGGAAUAGGAUGCCAGCCAGAAGCUGUCUGUAGUCAUAUUAUUAUUGAGAGCCAUGAAAAAGGAUGUUUCAGGACUCUUACUCCCAAACAACCACAGUUGGACAGCCAUCCCUGUGUCUUCAGAUCACCUGAACCCUUAGAAAUUAUCAGAGGACACCGGAACCCAUCUUCAUGGAGAAACAGGCACAUCAACCUUUCCAAAUCACUAGACCAGAGAAACACCCGUUUAAAAGUUUGGAAUUCCUUGCAGUUACAAAGUCGUUCCCCAAUUCAAAACUUUACAACUGAUGACUUCAGAAUUAACAAGGGUUUUCGAAUGCCAUUCCAUGAAAAUAUGGACCCUUGGAUGUCAGAUUUAAUAGAACCUACUUAUGUGCUACCUGAAGAAAUGGAUUGUCAUUCUUCACAAAUGCUGUCCCCAGAAUCCAUGAAAAAGUUUACUACCUCCAUCACUUUUUCAUCUCACCGACAUUCUAAAUGCUUUUCAGAUUCCUCUGUUCUUAAGGUUGGUGUUACUGAAGAUAGCCAGUGUACUGGAACAUCUGUAGGGGUAUUUAAUUCUCAUUUCACUGAAGAGCAAAAUCCUCUUAGAAAUCUAAAACACAAUACCUCUUCCCCUUCAUCAUUUAAAAUUAGCCAUUCCACACCAGGAGUAAAAGAGAAGAAUAUAACUGUAACUCCAAAUUCUCCACCCAUAUCUCUUGAACAGCCUGAGCUCCGCAAAGUCCCACAUGCAGAUCACUAUGUAAGAAAACCUCCUCCUCCUCCCCCUCCCCCUCCCCCUCCUCCUCCCCCUCCCUCUCCCCCUCCCCCUCCCCUUCCUCCUUUUUCUUCUCCUCCUCCUCCACAUCAGCAUUAUGUAGCUCCAAAUCUUCCUUGUCACAUUUUUCUUGAAAACCGAGAACUCUUUGAACAAAGCAAAACCCCACAGGUAGAUCAUCAGAUGAGAGAAAAACACUCUCCCUUUCCUCAAGGUCAGAUUUAUAUAGCUCCAGAUCUUCCUUCUGCCAUAUUUCUUGAACAGCGUCAGCUCUUUGAACAAAGCAAAGGCCCUGAUACAGAUCACCACAUGCAAAAACAAUAUUCCCCCCUUCCUCAAGGUCAGGAUUAUGUAGUAGAAAACAAGGAUCAACAAAAGCCUAAAUCAUACGUAUCUAAUAUAAAAAUUGAAACUAAUAAAAUCAGUGAUGUGGUCUCCCCAUCAGCACCAAGUCAAAAUACGUUAGUAAGAUCUCCAUCUACUCCACCUUCAAACAAAAAAGUACUUUCUUUUGUUCGUAUAACUCUUUCUCCCAAGACUUCCUCCAAGUUGGAUAGUGGAACCUUAGAUAAAAGUUUAAUUUCAUUGGAUCCGGCUUCUAAAACAGCUGUAUCUUCAAGAUCAUUGGAACCAACCUCCAAAUUACUGACCAGUAAACUUAUAGUAUAUGAUCAAGAACCUUUAGGUUCUCUAAGACCUAAAUCUUCACCGGACUUUGAAGUCAUACAGUCUCUUCCAGAUAGUAAUAUUAUUACUCAGGACUUGAAAACCAUACAUUUUCAGAAUAGCCAGAUAGUAAUCUCAAGGCAAACACAAGUGAACUUUUCAGAUUUGGAAGAAUAUUCCAAUCCAGAAAGGACUCCAGUAUCUGCAGAUCGAUCAUCGGAGGUGGUUAAGACUCCACUUUCUGCUUCCCCUAGAAAAUUAUUAUCUGAUGCAGUCACUCAGAUUACAACUGAAAGUCCAGGAAAAGCUAUGUUUUCAUCUCAGAUUUUUAUUAAUCCUGACGAUGGUGAACGUGAAAUUCCACAUCCCAGUUCCCAGAAUCUGAGCAAAGCUCCUAACAAGUUUGCUUCAUCAUCUUCAGUCCAACAGAUUGCUGUUCCUCGUAACACAAAAGGAGCUCAGCCUUCACUGUUGCCAUAUAAGCCUUCUGGUAGUACGAAUAUGUACUAUGUUCCACAAAUAAGUCACAGUCUUCCAGCUGUGGAAUCCAAAUUGAAGAGGACCUUUGCUCCACAAUUAGGUCAAAUUCUUUCAUCUCAGGAUUCCAAAUCAGACACCACCAUUGAGAGCUCACACUCAGGAUCCAAUGAUGCCAUUGCUCCAGAUUUCCCAGCUCAGGUCCUAGGCACAAGAGAUGAUGACUUGGAAUCCCCUGUUAAUAUUAAACAUAAAGAGGGGAUCUAUAGUAAGAGGGCAUCCUCAUUAAAGGGGAAAAAAGGCAUUCAGAAAGAUAAUGCAGAUUCCAUUGAUGCUGUUGCUGCAGAGCUUGCAGCUAAACUACAAGACACAAAGAUUGAAUGCCUGUCAGAAACUAAAACCAGUAAGAGGACAUUUCCUAAGGAAGCCUGGUCAGAAGAUAAGGAAUCCUUGCAGAUAGAUAUUGAAGAGUCCAGUUCAGAAUUUGAAAAUACUACCCAUUCUGUGUUCAGGUCAGCCAAGUUUUACUUUCAUCAUCCUGUGCACCUACCAAAUGAUAAAGAUAUUUGCCAUGACUCCUUAGGGAGAAGUGUUUUCAUGGGGCAUUCUUGGAAAGAUUUCUUCCAGCAUCAUCCAGACAAACACCAUAUUUGUUUUCCUCAAAAUAAGGAAAAGACAGAAUGUACUAGAAUAGAGAGCCUCCGUAUCAAUGUAAACUUGGGAAACAAAGAAAUGAAACAUCCUACUAAAAGUCAGACUGGAGAUUAUACAAAAUGUGACAAACAGAUUAAUGAUCAAAAAAAGAAUCGUAAGGUCUCUCCAGAGCCCACGACUCAGCACAUUACAAGUUUGAAUGAACUCUGGAACAAGUAUCAGGAACGACAGAAGCAACAGAAAUCUCUCGAGUGCAGAGUUGGAAAAGAACUAUCCUUGGUGGAGCGACUUGAUCGUUUGGCUAAACUUCUCCAGAAUCCUAUCACACAUUCUCUUUGGCCCUCAGAAAGUACACAGGAUGAUAGCAGAGGGCAGCGAGAUACUAAGGAAUGGAAUGGUAGACAGCAACAGAGAAACAAGCUUCAGAAAAAGAAGCGGUAUAAAAGUUCAGAGAAAUGCCAUAAAAACAUAGGAGAUCUUAAAAACAAGGUUCUUUCUACUCAUCAAGCUGGAAAGUCCAAUCAGAUUAAAAUUGAACAGGUUAAAUUUGAUAAAUAUAUUCUGAGAAAACAGCCAAAUUUUUGUUACAUAAACAAUACUUCUUCAGAUUCUAGACCCUCAGAGGAGAGUGAGCUGCUCACAGAUACUCCCACCAACAUCCUUUCCACCACAACUUCUCCUGUGGAAUCAGAUAUAUUGACCCAAACAGAUAAAGAAGUGACUUUGCAUGAAAGGAGCAGCUCUCUUUCCACCAUUGACACUGCCCGAUUGAUCCAGGCUUUUGGCCAUGAAAGAGUUUGUUUGUCACCCAGGAGAGUUAAGUUAUACAGCAGCAUCACCGACCAUCAGAGGAGAUACACUGAGAAGCGGAGCAAGAACAAGAAGAAAGCAUUGAGUUAUCCCCAAAUGACUUCUGAACACACCAGAAGGAAACACAUCCAGGUGGUAAACCGUGUGAUUUCUUCUGACUCUAUUUCAUCUUCUACCGGUAAUUUCUGGAGCUCGAACUCUACCCUUUGCGACAAACAAAAUGUACACAUGUUAAACAAGGGUGUGCAAGCAGGAAACUUGGAGAUUGUGAACGGUGUCAAAAAACACACUCGAGAUGUUGGGGUGAUUUUCCCAACUCCAAGUCUUACUGAGGUUAAAGCAGAAGAGGACAGUGAUGUAACUUCUUGGUCAGAAGAAAAAGUAGAAGAAGAAAAGCUCCUUACCAGAAAUCUUGGAGACAAAAAGUUAAGGAAGAACAAGCAGAGUUGCUGUGAAGAAGUGUCAUGGUUUAUUCCUAUGGAAAAUGUAAAGUCUGGUCCUAAGAAGGAAAACCUCAAUCAUCGUGGCCCUGGCAUCUCCUGGUUUGCACCAAUAACCAACACCAAACCCUGGAGGGAACCACUACGGGAACAGAACUGGCAGAGCCAGCACACGGCCAGCCACAUGUCACUAGCAGGCCCAGGCAGAAGUCCACUGAAGCCAUUAGUGAAAGCGACAUUACAGGAAUCACUUCUGUUUCACAGACCUGACUUCAUCUCCCGCUCUGGGGAGCGGAUAAAACGGCUGAAGUUAAUAGUCCAGGAGAGGAAGCUACAGAACGUGUUACAGAAUGAGCGGGAGGUGCUGUUCAACACUGGGCAAGAAUGGCAGGGCCAGGGGGACUCCGUGCACCCGCUCCCUAAGAGAGGUUUCCUGGCUGCCCAGAAGUAUAGGCCUGUUGGAAAGAAGGAAAUGAUUCAGAGGUCUAAACGGAUUUAUGAGCAGCUUCCAGAAGUAAAGAAAAAGAGAGAAGAGGAAAGGAGGAAAUUGGAAUAUAAGUCGUACCGGUUGCGAGCCCAGCUGUAUAAAAAGAAAGUGACCAAUCAACUCUUGGGGAGAAAAGUUCCCUGGGACUGACAGAUUAUUUUCUUCAGAGCCAUGGAAUUUUAUUUUAUCAACCUGAAGAAGCAUAACCCUUACUUUGAGUCUGGUUCAAUAAAACAAACUCUCUGUCCAUGUGU